AUGUUUGGGAUUCAUAGAAAACUCGUGGAAGCCAAUCAUUACCUCGAGGGAUCUCAGGACAGGCCAUCAGCAGUUUCAGACGCUAAGGAAAAGAUAGCUGAAGGUAUAGACAUCAUAGAAAAACGACAAAAGCUCAUCAAAAUGGCCGACAAGUCGCCGUUGGGAUGGAAACUUGUCGAUGAGUACGAGCAGAACACUUUAGCCGACGACUCAGACGAUGAAAAACGCAUGUUCAAAGCCGAGGCGAGGGCGGAAAGAAAAGCGAAGAAAUCUAAGAAGCCAGAAGGGAGGCGUUACUUCCCUUAUAGCGGAUACCGAGCUUCGCCAUGGAAGAGCCACCCAGGUUCCCAGAAAGAACAAGGCCCCUCCACAUCUAGCUACACAUCAUAUACCCCCUUCGGUCGUACGACACCAGAAGAACGCAAGAAGCCCGGGAUCUGUUUUUCAUGCGGAAAACCAGGCCACUGGAAGGUGGAUUGUCCGUCCAUCAGAGGAAGCCGUUCAGAUCAGAUAAGUGAAUCUAAGUUUUUUGUUGAGCAUAACAAGAUAGUAUCUGAGAGUUCAUCCCAAAAAGAAAUAGAAGGGAUAUCUGAAAUUGUACAAGUUAAAAAUACAAAGUUGUAUGAAGAAGCUGAGGGUCAAGAUACUGAGUUGGUAGACUCGAGAGAGAAGGAGAAUGUUUCUCCUGUUGGAAAGUUGAAAGAAAAUGCUAGUGCAUGGGCCGAAUUCGGUGCUAGCAAAGAGAUUUUAGACGUGAUCCAGAACGGUUACAAAUUGCCUUUACACACGUUGCCUGAUGAUAGAGAACUCACUAAUAACAGAUCCGCACGUAACCAUUCAAAUUUCGUACAGGAAGAAAUUGGGAAAUUGAUAAAAAGAGGUUGUGUUUCAGAAGUACAAUUUAAGCCAUCAGUGGUUAACCCCUUAACCGUUUCUGAAAACAAGGGAAAACUUAGAUUAGUGUUAGACUGCAGACAUGUCAAUCCACAUUUGUACAAGAACAAAUUUAAGUAUGAAGAUGCCUCGGUUGCUAGGGAUAUUUUUGAGCAAGGGGAUAACGUUUUCACAUUCGAUCUUAAAUCAGCAUACCAUCAUGUGGAGAUUUUUGAAGAACAUAGGAAAUAUUUAGGUUUUUGUUGGGAGUUCCAUGGUCAGAAGAGAUACUUUGUCUUUAAUGUUUUACCCUUCGGUAUAUCUACUGCUGGUUACAUCUUCACAAAAUUAACCAGAGUACCAGUUACUUAUUGGAGGUCACAAGGAAAGAAGGUUGUCAUGUUCUUAGACGAUGGGAUUGCUGGUUGUAGUGACAUGAAAGUUGCAAACGAAAUGAGCAGACAAAUCAAGGCCGAUCUAAAUAAGCUGGGAUUUGUUUUAGCUGAGACCAAGUGCAAUUGGUUUCCCCAGAAUAAAGCGACAUGGCUAGGUUUAGGACUACGAACAUCAAUCAAAAACGAAGUGUUGGCUUCUGGGGCUUCGGGCAAGCUGCUGAGAUUAGCAGAUAGCAUGGCAACCCAUCUAGUCGACUCCAGGAGUGAAGGUACAACCAACAAUUACUUCUGUAGUUUCAAAAAGUUCGAAGAAUUUAUCAACGCUGAGGGCAAGAGGGCGCUACCUGAUGAACCUAUACACAUUGCUUUAUAUUUAACUAGUUUGAUUGACGCCGCCCGGGCUAAUAGGAUAGGGAAAUGUUAG